CUGAAGCAAUGACCCUUAAUAAAUCCUAGCUCCAGAGGUGCAGAUCCUCCCUGGACCUUUGCUAAAGGUGGACGCAGUCUCCCCAGAACUCACCUGAAAGAUGAGCGAUGGCACAUGGAUCACACUUAGUCCGGCAGAGUUUGCUCAGCUCCAACAGUAUUCUGACUAUUCCACAAAGAAAUUAAAAGAUGUUUUAGAAGAAUUCCAUGGGGAUGGAGUCCUAUCAAAAUAUAACCCUGAACAGAAACAAGACACUCUGAACCAACCUAUUGACUAUGAGGGGUUCCAGCUCUUCAUGAGAACAUACUUGGAAGUGGACAUUGCAGAGGAGCUAUGUCAGCAUCUCUUCAUGUCCUUCAAGCGGAAAAUCUGCCAGAAUUCCCCAGAGAGCCAGCGGCAAAGUUCCAGCAUUCCCCAGCUCAAUACUCUUGAAGGCAAGACUAUUGAUACAGGCAUCUCCAUCCAGACAGAAGUUGCUUGCGCUCCUGUCACAGGGAUCAAUGGGAAGACUCUGUUAAGUUCCAUAGGAAGACACACACCUGAAUCCAAAAGCCCCCAGGCAAACCUAGCAGAGCAGCAGCCAGCAUCUCUAAGUCCCACUCCAACAGCCAACAACACCCUCGGGAAUGCCUCACCUAGCUGGUCCAGGUCAUCAUCGCAGAAAUCUGCUGCCGGUACCCCGUCUGCUCACAACUCCUCAGGGUCCUCCAAGAUCUCCUCAGUCUCCCUGCUUAGCCCACAAUCCCCAGGCUCCAGAAGCCUGGAAAAGAAAUUACCAUUCAGCCUCCGAAAGAGUCACAACUCCCUGAAAACUGCCAGUCUGCACUCGCCAGCCCCUCUGGCUCAGGUAGUCUACCUGAAGGACAUUGUCUGCUACCUGUCACUGCUGGAAAGGGGACGGGCUGAGGAUAAGCUGGAGUUUAUGUUUCGUCUCUAUGACACAGAUGGCAAUGGCCUCCUGGACAGCUCGGAGUUGGAUCGUAUUAUCAAUCAGAUGGUUCAUGUAGCAGAAUACCUGGAAUGGGACUCCACAGAACUAAGGCCGAUCCUGAAGGAGAUGAUGGAAGAAAUAGACUAUGAUCAUGAUGGAACUGUGACACUGGAAGAAUGGAUUCGAGGUGGCAUGACCACAAUCCCCUUGCUCGUCCUGCUGGGCAUGGAAACAAAUGUGAAGGACGAUGGUCAGCAUGCCUGGAGGCUGAAGCACUUCAAGAAGCCUGCCUACUGCAACUUCUGUCGCACCAUGCUUCUGGGGGUCAGGAAGCAAGGCUUGUGCUGCUCCUUUUGUAAAUACACAGUCCAUGAAAGAUGCGUAUCCAAAGAGAUUGCCCCCUGUAUCAGCACCUAUGUGAAAUCCAAGAGAAAUACCAAUGUAAUGCAGCACACAUGGAUUGAAGGAAACUCCCCAGCCAAGUGUGACCGGUGUCAUAAAAGCAUCAAGUGUUAUCAGGGCAUUACUGGACUACAUUGCGUAUGGUGCCAAAUCACACUUCACAACAAAUGUGCCUCUCAUGUGAAGCCAGAGUGUGAUGGUGGGCAGCUCAAGGACCACAUCUUAUUGCCUUCCCACAUCUGCCCCGUGGUUCUGGACAGGCAAUCCCACCCAAGAAGAUCAGAUAGUGAAUCGCCAUCCAGCACCACCCCGGAUGAUACAAACCAGACUUUUAGAUACAACACUGUGACAGUGGAUGGACAUGGGCUGCAGAUUACCCCUAAGCCUGGAACACAUCCACUGCUGGUGUUUGUGAACCCUAAGAGUGGAGGGAGACAAGGGGAAAGGGUCCAUCGAAAAUUCCAUUAUCUACUCAACCCCAGACAAGUUUACAACCUGGACCGAGGGGGACCCACUCCUGGAUUAAAUUUUUUCUGUGAUGCUCCAGACUUUCGAAUUCUGGCUUGUGGAGGGGAUGGGACUGUUGGAUGGAUCCUGGACUGCAUAGGUAAACUGAAAUCCAAAGAGAUUCCAAACAUUGGGUUGGAUCUAGAUUACAUUUGUGAUUUCCAUUGA